AUGAAUGUAGGUAUGUACAUUGUGAGUGCGUUUUUGUUGUAUGCAGGUGUUCUGAAUUAUAAACCUUUGAUUUAUUUAAUUAACACAAAUUUGUACGAAAUAAUAGAAAAAAAGAAAAAAUUUGAAAUUUCGGAUUACUGGUUGCAUAAAUGGUUAGAAUACGGCUUUGUUUGUGUGUACGUGUGUAUAGCAUUUCAGCCCAGUAGAAAUGUGUAUUCAAAGCGUAGUAAAUACAAUUACAUUUUUGCAAAAAUAUUGUUAAUAUAUUUUUUUUUUUUUUUUUUCCAUUUUAUUAUUAAUAUAAGUAAUAACUUUCCUCUUAAUAUAUUUUAUUUGUUUCUUAUAACAUUUCAUUUGUCUGAAUUUUUUUUAUCUUUUGUUCAUAAUAAAAAUAAUUAUAAUUAUUACAAUUUUCUGAUUAAUCCUAAUUAUGGCUAUGCAUAUUUUUUUGUCUUAACCCUACUGGAAUAUUAUGCGAAGAUAUUUCUAUUUGUACUAUUACGGGCAUUUGAAAAAUACAUAAAUAAAUACCUAUUGCGUCAACUUUUAAUAUUUAAUUUUUUUUUUUUCAAGAAUUACAUGGAUAAUUAUGGUAUUUGCACUUACUCUUAUUAUAAUCAAAUAAAAACAAAUAAGUCUAAUAUAACUACCCCUAUAAUAAAUGAAAUACAAGGAAAGAACAAACCAAUGAAAAAACUGCUAGCAACACGGUAUGAUAAUAAUACUAUUAUUAGCUUAUUUUUAACAAAAAGAGAUUUAUUAAAAGAUAGCAAUUAUUCACAGAUAAUAUUUUUGCGAAAAGAUACUAACGUAAAACAUGUUCUAAGUGUGUAUAAAUUUGGUCGUAAUAAAGAUUCUUACCAUUUGUAUAAAAAUACACAUAAGCAAAAAAAAAAAAAUAGAUACAGUAACUCAAGCAAAACACAUUAUGAUAUAGAGGAAAAGGCGAUAUCAAGUGCAUAUCCAUCUUUUACAGAUUUAUCAGGAAACAAGUGCAUAUUCAACAACACCCUUGUUACAAGGUUUAUACAAAAAUGGACAAACAAAAUAUUUUCGAAAAAGUAUGAUCUUAACAAUUCCUUAUUUCAAAAAAUUAUUUUGAAAUAUGAAAAUUUUUUUCAUAGUUAUGAUAUAAUAGGUAACUACGAUCAAAUUUAUAAUUACUACUUAUUUAUAAGUUUAUUAUCAUUGCUAUUUAGUUUAGCUGGUUUUCUUUUGAGAAUAUUUGGCUUAAUACAAUGCUCAAAAAAUUUUUCUUUUUACGUUUUACACUCUGAUACCUUAUUUAAAAAAUAUGUUAAACGGAAACACGAUCUGGUAACAUGGGGUCUCUACAAGUAUAUGAGGCAUCCCUGUUAUACUGGAUGGUUUUAUUAUGCCCUAUUUCUACAACUAUUUUUAUUUAACAUCAUUUGCUUUAUCCUUUGUUUCAUAAUAUCUUGGACAUAUUUCUACAGAACGAUAAAACUUGAAGAGAAGUAUUUGCUUGAAUGUUACGAUGACGAAUACAGAAAAUAUAAAGCACAAACACCGAACAUAUACAUUCCCUUCAUGAAUAAUAUUUAA